AUAUGUUGCUGCUUGUUGUCGCACCCGACGAUGCGCUGGUCAUGAUCACCUAACGCUUGGCGUCGUUCAAGGCUGGAGUUUGCAUGUGGCAGCUGAAGACCUCAGUAGCCUAACUGUAGUCUUUCCCUCCACCAACCAUCGCGCUCGAUGAAAGUUGCGCAGCCAUAUUGCACGAAUCUUCUAGCUAUUCAACGCUCGAUCUAAACGCCUCACCAAUCUCGGUCAUGGCGUUCAAGCGGGACCGCGUGAAACCCACGGCCUACCCCUUCCUCCCUUUCCACGCCAUCCGCAGCGCCCAGCUCGUCUCGUCGCUCAUAGUCGCAUCGAUUAUGUCGUACUUUCUGCGCGAACUCUCCGCGAACAACUACUCUCUUCCUUGGACGUUCAUACUGCUCCUAGCAGUCUCCGCGCUCACGUCCCUCUCCCUCGCCCUCACGAUAGUCCUGCACAUCCGGCACGGUCUGAACCCCUACCUGAACCUGGUGCUCAACGGGUCGCUGGCCGUCCUCUGGGCAGUCUCCUUUGCGCUGCUUGCGUGGUGGUCGUCUAGCACUUUGGCGUCUGCAUGCGCCGUGGAAAACUGGGAGUCUGGACUGGGUGUGAGUGUGUGUCGCGCAUACAAAGCGCUAUUUAGUUUCGCGUUACUGGGGCUGGUGGGCACGCUGGCGGCGCUGGGGUUGGAUGUGCAUGUGCAGCGGAGCAGUACUAGGGAGGGGAGGUUUCAGAGUUUGGCGAUGGAGAGUGGGAAGACGCGGAGAGCGCAGCUAGAAGCGGAUGAUGGCGUUGACGAUGGAAUUUGGGAUACCAAUCCGAAUCCAGCUGCUCUGCGGGAUGCAAGGACAAGGGGAGGAGAGGGGUAUGCACUGCCGGAGGAGCAAUUCGGCUAUGAGGAUACGGGGUAUGCGGGGGCUGGGGGACAGGUGGGGAGGCGGAGUGUGGAGGAGCGGUUGUAAGAUGCAUGACCAGACAAAUAAGUCUAAUAUCGUUUCACGUGUACGGAGAGUGGUGCUCCAAACGCCGCCCAAUGUAUCUAUGGCAGAAGCCGGGUAUCAUGUAAGCUCAAAAAAUGUCAUCCAUAUUCACAUCCUGUCC